AUUCAGCAUCCUCAUUAAUUAACUCAAGGAGGAGGUUACCGCUGUUUGUAUUCUCCAUUUCUCCAAUCAGAAAGGGUAGGGAUAUGGUCUCAGUCAGCUCUGACGCCUCCCUCUCUCCGCACGUGCACGUGUGAAGCCUCUGCGAACGCGCAUCAGACCGGCCGUAAGAGACGGAGCGCAGCACCAUGACGGAGUUCUGGAAGGAGCACUCGAAGCAGGCGACGGUGGAGGAGAUGAUGUUGGAUUCUCACGCUCAGGAGCUCACGCAACACGAGCUGCCCGAGAUCCUGGAUCUGCUACCUGCGCUGUCUGAGUCCUGCGUGCUGGAGCUUGGAGCCGGCAUUGGACGGUAUACGAGGCACCUGAUUGGCCGAGCUCGUCACGUGACCGCUGUGGAUUUCAUGGAGAAAUUUGUGGAAAAGAACCGGCAGGACAAUGGUCAUCUGGGCAGCGUGGAGUUCAUUCAGGCCGACGUCACAAAGCUGGGCUUCCCUGAACACAGUUUUGACCUGGUCUUCUCUAAUUGGCUGUUGAUGUAUCUGAGUGACCAGGAGCUGCAGUCAUUGGCUGAGAAGUUCCUCAGGUGGCUCCGCCCAGGUGGAUUCCUGUUCUUCAGAGAGUCCUGCUUCCACCAAUCAGGGGACUGUAAGCGUGAUUUUAACCCCACGCACUACAGGAGUCCAGCUGACUACAAUCACCUGAUGACAUCAGUGCUGCUCGACCAAUCAGACGCCACCGAGAAGAGACACUAUGGCUUUGAUAUUGUACUCAAUAAAACAGUUCAGACAUACGUGAAGAUGAAGAAGAACCAGAACCAGUUGUGCUGGCUGCUGCAGAAAGCAAGGCGUGACGUGUCGGAGCAGCAUCAGGCCGGAUUCUCCACGUUCCAGCAGUUUCUGGAUAAUCAGCAGUACACCAGACGGGGAAUCCUGCGCUACGAGAAGAUGUUCGGCUGCGGAUUCGUCAGUACAGGAGGACUCCAAACCACCAAGGAGUUUGUUGAUAUGCUGAACUUGAGCGCUGGACAGAAAGUGCUGGAUGUGGGCUGCGGGAUCGGAGGUGGAGAUUUCUACAUGGCCAAGACCUUUGGAGUGGAGGUUUUGGGCAUGGACCUGUCCUCAAACAUGGUGGAGAUCGCCAUGGAGAGAGCCGUUAAGGAAAAACUCCCAUUAGUGCAGUUUGAGGUGUCUGAUGCCACAAAACGAAGGUUUCCUGACUCGGCGUUUGAUGUGGUUUACAGCAGAGACACCAUUCUGCACAUCAGGGACAAACUUCACCUCUUCACAAACUUUUAUUCAUGGAUGAAACCGGGUGGUAAACUGCUGAUCAGUGAUUACUGCUGUGGAGAAAAGCCCUGGUCUCCAGCGUUUCAGGAUUAUGUGAAGCAGCGUGGAUAUAUUCUCUACACACCGCAGAGAUACGGACAGUUCCUGAGCGAGGUGGGAUUCAGUAAUGUCCGUGCAGAGGACAGAACCGAGCAGUUUAUCCACGUCAUAAAGUCUGAACUGCAGAGAGCGGAGGAGAUGAAGGACGAGUUUAUACAGGAGUUCUCUAAGGAGGAUUUUGAUGCCAUUGUGAGCGGAUGGAGGGAGAAACUGCAGCGCUGCGAGACUGGAGAUCAGCGCUGGGGGCUUUUCUACGCCACCAAACAAUAAAUAAACGAGAGAAAAUCCUGAUCGAAUGCAGAUCCCUUAUUAAACUCACUGUUCUGUCAGAUUCUGUGAAUUGUACAGCAGUGUUACAAUAGUAUUUCCAGAGACCAACACACUGUUAUUAUACAGCAUAAUUUUAAUUAAAUUACACUUUAUUUA